AUGCCGGAUCCCAGGAUGCCGGAUGCGAGAGUGCCGGACGCCAGGCCGCGCGAACGCGAUGUGGCUCCAACGUACGAAGAGCGCCCACGAGAUAGACCCUCUCGAGAUAGUAACCAGCCCGUUCCCAGUGCUGCUCCAAUCGUGGCAGGUGCUGCUGCAGGUGCCGCUGCUACGUUGGGUGCUGCCCAUGCUUUGAAAUCCCGCGACAAGGACCGGGAGCGGGAUUCAGAGCGCGAUCGUGAGCGCGAGCGGGAAAAGGAACGUGAACGUGAGCGUGAACGCGAACGCGAACGCGAACGGGAUCGGGAACGCGAGCGCGAAAGGGAGAGGGAAAAAGAACGUGAGCAACGUAAGGAGUUGGACGAACGUGACCGACGGGGCAGGGGCUCGGAUGAACGAGAGCGACGUACCGACAGGCGCGAAAUCAUGCCUGAAGAACGACAGGAACGACCGCUCCAAGAACGCAUACAGCCUGCUGCCGCCGCUUAUGCCUCACUUCAAGAACCCAGUCGCUAUCCUCGUGAGCGAGGAUACGAAGAUGAGGAGCGUGAGAGGCGUGAGAGGAGGUCACGCAAGGCACCAUCAUCUGAGGGUAGUGGUGAUGAACGACCCCGUCACUACGUCGAUAGCCAACGCAAAGCGGAGCCACCUGCAAAAGAGGCCGCACUCGACCCAGACGAGGAAUACAGGCGUCGUAUCCAACAAGAAGCCGAACGGAGCGGGCGCGAUCGGGACGAUGGCGAUUCAGACCGAGAGCGAGAGCGUCGACGACGGAAAGAGGAAAGAGACAAGUCUCGCGAGCGUGCAGAUGAUUAUCGUCUACGCGAAGCCAGAUCCAAUGCUCCCGCGCCGCCACACUCGCGCUACGAUGAGCGCUCUGCAAGCGUUCUUGACACCGACAUUGUCCAAGAACCAGACUCCUUAGCGGACCAUGACCCACCAAGCAAGGGUGUACAGAUCGUCACACCCCCUAAGGAAGCUCCUGCUGCUCCCAAAGGUAUCCUACGCAAACCGACUGAGAAAUUCCCUGAAGACCCUGAGCCCAUCCGCGAGGGUGUUGCCCCUCAUAAAAGCCAACUGAAAGGCAAGGACAUCCCUACAAACGCUCGAUGGACAAAAAUCGAUCGAAGGCUUGUGAAUCCGCAGGCUCUUGAGGAAGCAAAAGAACGAUUCGAGGAGCGCCUAGACUGUGUCAUUGUUCUGCGGGUCUUAACAAAGGAAGACAUCCAGAAGCUGGCGGAUCGUACCAAAAAGAUUCGUGAAAGGAUGAAUUUGAACAUCAUGAAGGACGGGACCCAGACCGAGAUCAUGAUCGGCACGGUCACCAUGGCCAUCGCGAAGAAGACAGGGAUAGACGUCGAGACCACGACGACUAUGAUAGAGACUAUGACGACUACGACCGGGACAGCGAACGCGACCGUGACCGACGACCUCGAGCGAUAG